AUGGAAAAGACAAAGCUAGGAUACGCUGAUAAAGAAAUCUUUAAAAUAUUGGCAAUAGAUAACCCGACAGACGGAGAUUUGAGGAAACCAAUAGUGGAAUAUUUACAAAAUCCAAUGGCGUCUGUCGAUCGAAAAACCAGAUGCUGGGCUUUGGAUUUGAUUGGGGAAAUUCGACCAUCAUCAUCUAAGAAUCCGAGAUUUGGAAUCCCAGAGACUGUCACAACAGAUCAAGGAUCAGUAUUUACUAGUAGAAAGAUGCAAGAAUUAACUAAGGAAAUGGGUUUCAAAUUGUUAACGUCUAUGUCAUAUUAUGCUCAGUAUCAGCAGCAACAACAACAACAGACACCUAAGAAGGCAGACUGGGAGAUUGCCAUUGAAAAGUUGGCAGCCUACAGUAUACAGUUUCAAGAAGAAACAAGGACUAAUAAAAAAAACACCACAACCUCCAUCAAAAAUCUUGAAGUUCAGAUGGGACAGAUAGCACAACAGUUAGCAUCAAACUCUCAAGCCCCUGGAACCUUACCUAGUGGUACGGUAACAAACCCGCGGGAACAUAACACUGUUAACGCUGUCACAACCCGAAGUGGAAAGUCAACCGAGGUAAAUGAUAUAGAAAAGGAUGGAUUAAUAGAGGUGGGUUUAGAAAUCAAGGAAACAAAAGUCCAAGAUGAAGAAGCAAUACCACCUCCUGUCCCGGAUAAGGAAAAGGCUCCUAAACCCAUCAUCAAACUUCCUUACCCUCCACGACAGAAGAAGAAGAAUCAACAUGAGAAGAACUUCGAGAAAUUUCUGGAGAUGUUCAAGAAACUCGAAAUCAAUAUCCCUUUUUCUGAAGCAUUGGAACAAAUGCCAAUAUAUGCCAAGUUCAUGAAAGACAUAAUUUCCAAGAAGCGUUCCACUGAUACUGAGCCGAUCAUCCUGACUGAAACAUGCAGUGCUGCUCUGAUUGACUUGGGAGCGAGUGUAAGUUUGAUGCCACUAUCCAUCUACAAGAAAUUAGCCAUCGGUUCUGUUCAAGAUACUUGA